AGGAUGGGGUUACCUGAGAGUGAGGUAUUAAAUUUUCCCAUUUAAUAUUAAUUUUCUGAUAUUUGGUGAUAAAGUGGCUGCUGAGUGGUUGAGCACUGGAGUUCCAGGGUGCCUUCUGUCCCCUCCAGCCCAGCGUUUAGUUACAAGUGGAAGGCAGGUCUUUGAAAUACAGGAUGGCUACUCAGCAGCUAGUCAGGCAAAAGAAGAAGUCCUCUAAGUGGUGCUAUUUUGGCCUUGCCCUCCUCUUGCAGGAAGCAGUGCUGUUCCCUGAUGCCAUGGCCACGGAGCCGCAGUCUCUGGUGCUGGUGAAGAGGCUCCUGGCCAUCUCCGUGUCCUGUAUCACCUACAUGAGGGGGCUGUUCCCAGAGAGCUCCUACGGAACCCGCUACUUGGAUGACCUGUGUCUAAAAAUUCUCCGCGAAGAUAAAAGCUGUCUGGGAUCAUUGCAGAUAGUCAAGUGGAUUCAAGGUUGUUUUGAUGCUUUGGAGAAGCAGUAUCUACGCAUGGCUGUCCUUGCAAUUUACACCAAUCCCAAGGAACCGGAGGUAGUGACUGAACUGUACCAAUUCAAAUUCAAGUAUAAAAAGCAGGUGCCACAGAUGGACAUCAGCAGCAACCACAGGGAGUUUGUGACUGGGCUGUGCAGCGAGGACAUCAAACAGGCCAGCAGGCUCCUGCUCCGUAAGCUCUACCUGCUCAUGCAGAACCUGGGGCCACUGCCCAAUGACAUCACCCUCACCAUGAAACUCCUCUACUACAACGAUGUCACUCCCAAAGAUUACCAGCCCCCCGGCUUUAAGGAAGAUGCCAGCCCUGGUGACCUGUUGUUUGGAGGGGAUCCUGUCAACCUGAGAGUGGGCUCAGUCUCCACCGACUUCCACCUCAUGAAAGUGAGAGUGAUGACUGAGAAGAAGAGGGUGAGGAAGGCUCACAGCAAGCUGAUCCAGAAGAGAAGCCCUACUGAGAUCUCCCACCAAGGGUUAGACUGCGAGGAGGAGGAAGAGGAGGGGAGCACCAAGAAUCACCCUCUCCCUGUCAGCGUAGAUUCAAGUGAGCAUGAAGGGAACAAAAAUAACACCCACCCAGGCAGGAACGUGGAAGCACCUUCUUUGUGCCUUCAAGAUACAGGUAGAAAGAAGAAGACAGGAAUAAAAGAGACAGGCAGGAUGCCUUGCUCAAGGGCAUCCCAGCAGAUAAACCUCCUGAACCUUGCCUUUAGCCAGGAAGAGGUAACAGGACCUGAGAAGAAAAGGAAGGUCAGUGAACCAGAGAAGCUGCCUCUGAACAGCAGGAAAUUAUGUUCAUUCUGACACAGAAUACGUUUUGGAAGGUGUGAGUUUGCACUGUCAUCUGACUGGUGCAGACCUUUCCUUCUCCCAGUGUUUAACCCUUCUGCGUGCCCUGUGUAUUUGUGAAUGUUUGUCUCGUGAAAACUCUGGAUUGCAGAGAGACAACAAGCCCCAUAAUUGUCAUGGCAUUGUCAACAACCAGCCCUUGUUUGAUGUUAUGAAGUUGAGGAUUUAUAAUUCUGU